AUGGAGGAACUCCGACAACUUCGUUUGGGCUCCAAAGCUUUGGUGGAGACUAGUGGCGCUGGACCGCCGCCUCAACUGAGUUCGCCAUCGCCGGAUGCUUCGAUAACGGGAUCGCUUGGUGGUAUGACUACUAUGCCAACUACUACGACUAUAGAUGUAUCUGCAUAUCUAUUUGGGUCUUUGCCUAGUCAUAAUGUUCCUGUUUCUAGUGGUCAAUUUGUUGGUUCUCAACCUGUGAGUGCUGGAAUUUAUUCAUCAGUGAAUGGAGUGAGUGGGUGGUUUCAAACAGCUGGGGAUUAUGGAAUGAGUAAUGACCCUAGACUGUUCAUGGACCCAAAGUUGAUUAAUAAUCCCAUUUUAGGUUAUGAUCCUUCCUAUUUUGGAAAUUAUCAACAUGAUCAGUGUUCUAAAUCAGCACCACAAAACACUCAUUCAUCGAUUCCACUACAUCAUAUGCCACAAAGCUCUAUGCAAUCUCAGUUACCAACUAGUGGAUUUCAUUCCAGUGUGACUAGUGCAAUACCAACAGGGCCCCAAAGUAGUUCUAUGGGUAUGAGUGGCUUCCAAUCCAAACGGAGCAUCCCAACUACUACACCAACCAUUUCUAAUACAUCAUCACCUCCACCAAUCUAUGCCACAACUACUACUCCAUAUCCUCACUUUUUCUAUCCAUAUAACCAAUUCAACCCACAUAGUCAAUUUCAUCCAUAUCAUUAUCAACAUACUCACAACCAUGGGUUGAGCCACCAUCAAGUCCAGGACCCAAAUCUGCCUACCAUAAAACAAAUUCGGUUGGAUUUUCCAGUAUUUGGUGGGGAAGAUCCCUUGGAGUGGCUUAAUAGAGCUGAACAAUUUUUUCAAUUGUAUCAAAUUCCAGAAGAGAAGAAAAUCUCCAUUGCAUCGAUGCACUUGACUGGUAUAGCUGCUAGUUUGUGGCAAUUACAUUUACAAGACAAUCCUAGUUCCUGGUCUGGCUUAGUUGAGCUGAUGCUGCAGCAAUUUGGUGGGUACAAUAAGCUUGACUACCAAGCUGCUUUGGCAAAAAUGCAACAAGUGGGUACUGUUACAGAGUUCCGAGAUCAGUUUACAAAAAUGUCUUGCCGAGCACCAGGGUUUUCUCCUGAACUUCGAUUGGCUUGCUUCAUAGGAGGGUUGAAAGAAGAAAUUAGAACUGAUGUGAGCCUUAUGAAACCUUCCAACUUGAUGGAGGCCUUUGAGCUUGCCAAGGCUUUUGAAGCGAGAAAUUCAGGACAUAAGAAUUGGAAACAAAACCAGUCUAAAUCUUCUUUUUUAGGUACCAAACAGAUUGUUGCACCACCAGCUCCUGUACAGAGAUCACAGUUUGGAAAUCAGUCCACUACUGCAAAACCUUAUGGCCGCAAUCAUUCAAACUUCUCAGCUGACAGAAAGUAUUCCCAAGCUGAGUAUAGAGAUCGAAGGAAUCGAAAACAGUGCUUCUUUUGUGAUGAACCCUACACUUCUGAUCAUAUAUGUAAACGAGGCGCUAGAGCUUUACUUAUUGAGGGUUUUAGUGCUGCUGGGUCACAAGGUGAAGAGCAUGCUGCUGGAUCACAAGGUGAAGAGCAUGCUGUAGUUAUGGAGGAUUUACUUACCGGUGAGACAAUGGAGGAAGCUCCACUCAUUUCUUUACAUGUACUUUCUGAUAUUAACAAGCCAGAGACAAUGCAGUUGAAAGGCCAAAUUGGAAAGAACAGGUCAGUGCAUGUACUUGUGGAUUGUGGAGCAACUCAUAAUUUUGUUCAUCCCAGUUUACUCAAGUAUUACAUAGGUAUAGUUGACAAGGGUUGCCCUAUGAAUGUACGGGUAGCUAGUGGAGAAAUAAUGAAGACCAGAGGUUAUGUUUCAAACCUUCAACUUGAUAUUCAAGGACAAGACAUUGAAGCAGAUUUUUAUAUUCUACCCGUCUCAGGAUGUGAGGUCAUUUUGGGAGCAGCUUGGCUUCGUACUUUGGGAGAUAUUGUUUGGAAUUUUGACAAGCUUACCAUGAAGUUUGUUAAAAAUGACCUCCAAUAUCACUUGCAGGGAGUUGAAUCUGAAAACAUUGAAGUCAUAACUUGUGAACAGAUGACCAGUCUUUUGGCUAAGGAGAGGGAAGCUAUGUUGAUAGAAUUAAGGCGCAUAGAUGACAAUAGUCAGAAACCUCAUGUCCAUCCUAAACUCAAACAAUUGGUGGAACAAUUUAGUGAACUCUUCCAGCCUCCCAUUUCUCUACCUCCUAAGAGAAGUCAUGAUCACAGGAUACCUCUACUUCCAGGUACAGUUCCUGUAAAUGUGCGCCCUUAUAGAUAUCCUUAUUAUCAAAAGACAAAGAUUGAAAAAAUUGUGAGAGAAAUGUUAGCUGCCAGAGUGAUUCAACCAAGUGUAAGUCCUUUCUCUUCUCCAGUCUUAUUAGUAAAGAAGAAAGAUGGCACUUCUCGUAUGUGUGUAGAUUAUCGAAGCCUCAAUGCUGUGACUGUUAAGGAUAAGUUUCCAAUACCAGUGAUUGACAAAUUGUUGGAUGAAGUUGGUGGUUCUGCUUAUUUUACUAAGCUUGACCUCAGGUCUGGCUAUCAUCAAAUCAGGAUGGAGAGUGCGGAUGUAAGCAAGACUGCUUUUCGCACACAUGAUGGUCAUUAUGAAUUUUUAGUGAUGCCAUUUGGUUUGACCAAUGCACCAUCAACAUUUCAGUCCUUGAUGAAUGAUGUAUUUAGAGAUAUGUUGAGGAAGCACGUAUUGGUUUUCUUUGAUGAUAUCCUCGUUUAUAGUUCAUCUUUGGAAGAGCAUAUUCAACACUUGUCACAAGUCUUUACUCGGAUGCAGGAACACAAUCUCAAAGUUAAGAUGUCUAAAUGCACUUUUGGGGCUGAUAGUGUUGAGUAUUUGGGGCAUAUAGUUUCUGCAAAGGGAGUGGCAGUUGACCCAAAUAAAAUCAAGAGCAUUGUGCAAUGGAAAAUAUGUGAAGGACUUUGGUAUCAUCGCUAA